AAGCAUCUCAUUGCUUCGGCUCCAGGAUCGCAGCGGCUGGAUCUCUCCUUCAGCGCCCACCCAAUUCGCCUGCGGUUAUCUAGGGAGAGAGAUCCCUUUACACGGUGUAUCCCGAAGGCAAUUUAGCCGGCCCCGCAGCUCAGAUCUCUUCUAGCCGCGCCAGCUUCUUUGCUGCCAGGGAGGCGACUCGCAGAAGCCUCCCUAACAGAUUCCCCGAUCCUCCGAGACCUUCCCUUUCUGCAACUAGAUCCUGCCUCUUCAGCUCCGAGCAGCGGGCGGAGGAUUCCUAGUGGGAUCCCUUUGAAGUCCCUUUUGGUCUCCUGGGAAUUAGAUUCCCUCCUCCCAAGAGCGCCCCCUUACGCGUCUUUCCGGCCUCCGCUGCAGUUUGCAAUCGAUCCUGCAGCCGGCUCUCCUCCUGGCCUUAGAGCCAGCCACGUGCAGCCGGCCCGAUCCCACCCGUUGCCUGCUCUGCCCCACCGCCGCUCUGCCCCCGAAGCCAUGGCCGCCUCCUUAAAGCGCGCCCCGCUGCUCGGCUCCCUGCUGAAGCGUCGGGGGAGCGCGCCGGCCGCUCUGCACCAGCAGCAGCUGCUGCCCACCUCGUCGGUGUCGGCCCUGCAGCCCAAGGUAGAGGCGCUCGCCUGCCCUUUCCACUCGCCCCACGCGCUCUCCGCCCUGCCCGGCCCGACCAAGUGGCCCCUGGUGGGCAGCCUCUUCGACAUCCUGCGGAAGGGCGGCCUCAAGAAGCAGCACGAGACGCUGGCUGAUUACCACCACAAGUUUGGCAAGAUCUUCCGCAUGAAACUGGGCGCCUUUGACUCGGUGCACAUCGGUGCGCCCUGCUUGCUCGAGGCUCUCUAUAGAAAAGAAAGCACCUAUCCGCAGCGCCUGGAGAUCAAGCCCUGGAAAGCCUACCGGGACUACCGGGACGAGGGCUACGGACUGCUCAUCCUAGAAGGGAAAGACUGGCAGAGAGUAAGAAGUGCAUUUCAGCAGAAAUUAAUGAAGCCCACAGAGAUUGUGAAGCUGGAUUCCAAAAUCAACGAGACUGCCAACAGUUUGCUCUGGGCUCUCUACAACAUCUCGCGCAACCCGCACGUCCAGGAGAAACUGCUUGAGGAAAUACAGAGUGUACUUGGUCCCGGAGAGAGCCCAAGCGCUGAACACCUGAAGAAAAUGUCAUAUUUAAAGGCCUGCCUGAAGGAAUCUAUGAGGCUGACCCCCUCUGUGCCAUUUACCACUCGGACCCUUGACAAAGAAACAGUCCUUGGAGACUAUGCACUUCCUAAAGGGACAGUGUUGAUGCUAAAUAGCCACAUCCUGGGAUGCAGUGAAGAAAACUUCAGCGACUGGACUCAGUUCAAGCCGGAACGCUGGCUGCAGAAGAACAUAAACCCUUUCACUCACAUUCCUUUUGGCAUCGGGAAGCGGAUGUGCAUCGGACGCCGCUUGGCCGAGCUGCAGCUUCACUUGGCUCUCUGUUGGGUUGUACGGAAGUACCAGGUUAUUGCAACUGAUGACAAGCCAGUAGAAACCCUGCACUCAGGACUCCUGAUCCCCAACCGUGAAAUCCCUGUUGCGUUCAGAAUACGAUCAGAUACAGUUAAAAGGAAACAGUAGAAUGUUCGCCGGCUGCUUAUUUUCUGAAGACAACACCCGUGAAUGCCUGGAGUUCCAAGUCCUGCCGCCUCAUUGAGGAAAUGGCAGCCUACAGGCAGUGUGCCAAUGACAGGACCAGCCAGAAUUCAUUCUGCCCUUGCUUAGGGGGCAAAUCCGUCAGACGGCUGAUAGCUCACCUGAGCGAUUCUUGGAGCGCUAAAGUGAAACCUGAGAUAGAGCCCCACUUGUCUGUGCUUUUAGAAGGAUGAAAUGGAAGAAUGGCAGAGGUUGAAAGACUGCUCGGGGAUCUCUUCCAGCCUGACAGAAAUCCUUUACUGUUCAGCUGCCGACACAAAAUCCACUGGUCUGUUGAGUUAUUGGGGGGGGUGUCACCUUCCCAGGAAUGAA